AUGGAUCUUUUAUUAUACACAUUUUCGAAAUGCUUUCCUUGCUUUCCUAACUUAUCUUCUCCAUCGGUAACAAUCAAUAAUGCCAAAUACAAAAUUAUAAGAUUACUAGGGGAAGGAGGGUUUUCGUACGUUUAUCUUGUUUCCAAGGGAUCCUCUAAUUCAUUAUAUGCAUUAAAAAAGAUACGUUGCCCCUUUGGUGGAGAUGAAUCUUUCAAGAUGGCGUUGAAAGAGAUAAGAAAUUACCAUAGAUUUACUUCAUCUAAAACCCCAUACAUUAUACAAUCUAUAGACGAGUCAGUUGUUGAUGAGCUGGACGGGUCUAAGACUAUUUACGUAAUAUUGCCAUACUUUGAACAGUCAUUGCAAGAUAUCAUCAAUAGAAAUGUUUUGAACAACACAAGUAUGGCAGAAGAAGAAGUAGUAAGAAUAUUCAUAGGUAUAUGUAGGGGGUUGCAAGCUAUGCACAAAUACAAGACUUAUGGAACAGGAGUUGAAGAAGAAGAGGACGCUUUGCUUCUACCCGGGACAGCAGGAGAAGAAGACGAAGGUGAGUUCACAAUGAAUGGAGGAGAAAUGCUGGAAAUGAUACCAUUUGCACAUAGAGAUUUGAAACCGGCCAAUGUCAUGUUACCAUCAACGGAUGGAAUCCCAGUUUUAGUGGAUUUAGGCUCUUGCUCAAAGGCUCGCAUACAGGUAAGGUCUAGGCAGCAAGCUUUAAGUUUGACUGACUUUGCCCAAGAACAUUGUACAUUACCAUAUAGGGCACCAGAACUUUUGGAUGUUGCCACUGGAUCGACAAUUGACGAACUGACUGAUAUAUGGUCUUUAGGCUGUGUGUUAUACGCUUGUAUGUACGGAUUUUCACCAUUUGAAAAGCUCGAGCUUGAUGAAGGUGCCAAUUUGAACUUAGCAAUUUCUCAAUGCAAGUACAACAUACCGAAUAGCGGUGAGUAUAGUGAAGGUUUAAAAAGUUUAAUUGGCAAGUGCUUGAGGCUUAAAAGUAGUGAAAGGCCCACUAUCGAUGAAAUAUUGGAAGAUGCGCUUCAGUUACUGAGAAGCUAA